AUGGAGGGUCAGAUUCAACGCAUUCAAGCAGACCCAACGUCGAUGGAGAACAAGCCUACGAAAGGAGAAAUCGGCCACGAGGCUCUUGAUCCCAACAUCAGAGACGAUCAUGGUGACCCCCAUCGGGCUGCCCUCGAAGACCUGGACCACGAGCAGAAAGUUGGCCUGUCGACGUGGAUAGCUAUCUUCUUCCUGGGCUUCACCGCUCACCCAUCUAUCAGCUUCUCCAUAAACACCGUUUUUGCUGUCCUGGGCCCGAUAGGACUGGACCUCGAGGAUUCGACAGCGAAUGUCAGCUGGAUGGCAUCGGGGUGGUCUCUGUCUGCCAGUGUUGCAUUCACACUUGCCGGCCAAAUGAGUGAUGUGUUUGGACGACGACACACUUUACUCUUCGGCCAGUGCCUGUUGAUCCUCGGACACAUCAUCGGGGCAAGCUCCCAAUCGAUCAAUCAAAGUAUUGCCGCUAUGGUCAUCUUGGGCUCUGGGACUGGGGUUGCCUUUGUAACAUAUCCUGGUAUUUCGGAGCUGCUUCCGAAUAGAUACCGUUCGUUAGGUCUAGCAUCAACCGAGUUUCAAAUUCUUCCUACUAGCGCCUUCGGUCCAUUGAUGGCCAAAGCCUUGACUCGCAAUGCUUCCUGGAGGUGGAUCUACAUUCUUGGGGCCAUAACCGGUGUCAUUGCGCUUACCGGAACCGCUAUCUUCUACACUCCGCCUAACAAGCCGUUCCGGGACCGCAGCAGACGUGACAUCCUGGGCGAGCUUGAUUACUUCGGUAUCUUGCUCUAUACUGCCGGCACGACCUUGUUUCUUCUCGGCCUCGGCUGGGGAGGCACAUCGUAUCCUUGGGCCAGUGCGCACGUCUUGGCACCACUGAUCCUAGGCAUCAUUGUCUUCAGUACCACAUUUCUCUGGGACUUUUACGGGCCUGUUGCGCGACCCAUCUUUCCUAGACGGCUUUUCGCUAAAUUUCGAGAGUUUACUUCCCUCCUUGUGGUGAUCUUUGUCACAGGGCUCGUCUUCAUCUCGAUCAACACUUUGAUCCCCGAAGAAAUCAGCUUUGUGUUCACCAACGACUCCAUAAAAGCUGGAGUGUACAACAUCCCAGCGGACCUGUGCGGUGCCCUCGGCGGCACAGUGCUCGGUGGAUUGGUAUUCAAGAUCGAGCACGUCCAUUGGCAAAUUAUGACUGCAGUUGCCAUACAGUCGACUUUCUCUGCGUUAAUGGCCCUAAUAAGACCAGAUCGCAUCGCUAUGGGCAUUGUCUUUCAGGCACUGACCAACAUUCCCUUUGGCUGGAUCUUGAUAGCCUGCUAUGUCACUUGUGGGCUGCACAUUCCUCAACGGGAUAUUGGUCUUGCCUAUGGUUUGAUCGGCGGUGUACGGUUCUUGGGAGGCGCAGUGGGUACAGCCAUCUUCACAACUGUUGUGAACAAUCGCUCAGCGACGACUGUGCCUCAGCGGGUGAUUGCAGCUGUUGUACCUUUGGGUUACCCCAGGGACAAAGUGCCAGGUCUCGUGCGUGCCCUGGCUUCAGGCUCAUCCCUCGGACUCCAAAAUGUCCCGUCACAAGUUGUCGAGGCUGCCUCGCAAGCCGUUCGUUGGGGGUAUUCAGACGCAUUCAGGGUCGCCUGGCUUGUCUCCAUACCGUUCGGUGUUGCAGCCUUUGUGGUUUCAAUAUUUGUGAAAGACCCGUCAUUGUACUUUACCAAGCACACGGCAGUCAGAUUGACGAAAGAAAGGCUUGGUCGGAACACAAUUGCGCCUGACGAAGAUGUGGGAAUCAAGGGUCAUGCGGCGCAUGAAGAAGUUACUCAAAUUUGA